GUUCUGGCCUCCAGAAAGAUCUUGAUGAGAUGAAGGUUAAAUGUAUGGAUUUUUACAAAGAAGCAAAAGAUAAUAUUAUCAGUCUUAAAAUCCAGUUGGAUGAGCUUUAUGAUGAAGUCAGCUCCUCAAAUAGUCCAGGAUCCACCAAGGAUGUCUUAAAGAUUCUUCAGAAAUUCGUCGAACUGCAAGAGAUUGAAGUGAUAAUGAAAACUGGAAAAGACGACACAAAUAUUGAAGGACUGGUAAAGCGUGAAAUGGAAGCAGAGAAAGACUUAGCAGAGAUGACGAGAGCAUUUUCAAGUGUUGAACUGUUGAAUCACACAGUUUCAAAGAGAAGUGCUGACACCUUUAAGAGUGAAGCAAUAUCGAUUGCUCUUAAUGAAUUCAAGAAAUACUUAGAAGACAGACUCAGAAAACCAGGGGAACGAGGUGGCAUUGCAGACCAGGUGCUGCAGAUUGUAAAAUUGCAGAUUGAAGCAAUGGACCUACAGACACGUCUUGCUAGUAAAUAUAAGACACAAGCGCAGAUUGAUGUAAUUACAAACAAGCUAGAAUACAAAAAAGGCCUUGUAUCCGAUCUGAAAGAGGAGAGAGAAGAAAUGACAGGAAACAUACAAAAUAUUGACACAAUCAUUAAAUCUCUGGAUAAAGAAAUACUGGGCCUGAAUGCUGAAUUAUCAGCUCUUAAGCAAACACUUGUUCAGCUUGAUGGACUGACGAAAGAAUUUGAUAACAAAAGAACUGAAGUAAUGGACAAAAUUGGCACAUUGAAGGGAAAGGAUGAGUUAGUUUCUAGAAUUCUUACGCUCCAGUUUGGAUUUAUGGAGGCACUGAUUAAUGCACAAGGACAAAUUAAAGCAGAUGAAUUUAAGAUCAAUGAUGUCCAGAAAGAGCUUGAAAAGGAACAGGAAAGGACACUUUAUUUUCAAUCUGACAAUGAAAAUUUACGUGGAAAGCUGAAUGCCCAGACAGAACAAUGCAAUGACGUGAUGGAUAUGUAUCAGAAAACAGAAGCUGAACUGGAAACUGCAGUAAAGGAAAUAACAGAUUCAACCUCAAAGAAAGCUGUCCAGAUUAUUUUGCUGGGCUAUGAAAUAGAUCAAAUAACAAAAGACAUAAAAACAUCUCCAUCUAAUGACGACUUAAAGCGAAGACGGGAUGAAAAACUCAAAGAAAUGAAUGCGUUAAAGAAGGAACUUGAGAAAAGUGAACCUAACUCUGGGAAAAUUCUUAGAGUUAUAACGCAGAUGGAGGAAAUCUGGAAACUGCAGAGCGAAGAUCCAGAUAACUUACAAAAAAUCAGCAGUCUGCAGAAGAAUCUCCUGAAUUUAAUUGCAGAAUUAGAUGAUAAAAUGCCUUCAAAACCAAUGCUGCAAAUCUUGGCUCUUCAGGCUGAUGUGUCCUGGAUAAGGGAAAUGCUGCAAACGGUGAAAACACAAGCUCAGAUUCAGAAAGCUGAGCUCCAGAGGGAACUGGACAAGAAGGAGCAAUUGCUGAAUGAAAAGAACAAAGAAUUAGCUACUGCAACCGGAGACGUCAGCAAACUAAAAAGAGACAUUGCUCAACUCAAGAAUGAAGUUUCAUCGUUGAAAACACAAAUAAGCACAGCUGAAGGGACCGCCAAGAAGAAGAUUAAAGACCUUGAAGAACAACUAAAACAGAGUAACCAGGAAUUGGAUGAUACCAGUACAUCACUGAAAGAGAAGAAUGCCUUACUAGCACGACAAGUUACUAAGAUCAACAAUCUCAUAGACGAAGUGAGGACCUUGAAAAAGCAAGCACAAGAAAAAGAAUCACAACUAAAUGCCAGAAUAACUGAUCUUGAAAGGAAACUAAUUAAAAAGGAGGAAGAAAAUGAAGAAAUUGCCAAGGAGAAUGAAAAGCUGAAAAAAAAUUGUGUGAGCACUUCUGAAUGCCCUGAACUCCAGAAGAAAUAUGAAGAAAUGCAGGCGGAGUAUAACGCAACCAUUUCUAAACUGAACAGUGAUAUUCUUCAGAAGGCUUUUUAUAUUAAAGCCCUAAUCGAUGAAGUGGAGAACCUGGAUAGGCAGAUUGCACAAGGAUUCCCAGGAUUGAGAGAAGAACUGGAAGAAAAAGAAAUGGAAUUGGAGGAGGCAAAGCGGGAAUUAAGAGCUCAAGGAUCCACAUCUGCCAAAACUCUGGAUGUACUUCAGUUACUAAGUGAGAUCUGGAAACUCCAAGAAAACCCAACUGAAGACAAUUCCAAAAAGAUUCAGAGACUGGAAGCUAAAUUAAAUGUUCUGCUCAGUGAGUUGCAAAACUCUGAGAAUGGGCUUGGACUGGCCCUGAAUAUAAUGUCUCUAAAGGAAUCGAUGUCUAGACUAAAGCAAGGACAAACACAAAUGCAAGAGAAAUACACACGGGAAAUCAAUGGUCUGAAGAAACAAAUAGACGACAAAGAAAAAGAGAUUUUGAUGUUGAAGGCCAACUGCGGUCAGGAUCUGAAGGACAAGAUACAGAAAUUAGAGAAGGAGGUUGAAGAAAGCAAACAAAAGCUGAAAAAACUACAGCAAGAAUCAGACGAUCAGAUCGCAUCACUGGAGAAACAAAUUAACAGAAAGAAUCAGCAGCUUGCCAACACUGAAGACAAACUGGAGAAGACAAAUGCUGAAAACGCCGCAUUGAUCAAAAAGCUGAACAGUCUGAAUGAUGAAAUAGAUAAAAUCACAGAUGAGAAAAACAACGCACUAAAGAAAGCAGAAAACGAAAUCGCCGCUUUAAAUGACAAAUUGCAAAUGAAGGAUGAUGCACUUGCUAAAAAAGAUGUGCUGCUGAAGGAGAAGGAUGAAUAUAUUAAUGUAGUGAAAGAUCAACGUGACAGUUUGAAAGAGGAGCUUGGAAGAGUGAAAGAGAAAAGCAAAGAACUAGAGACCGAUCUUAAAAUAAAGGACCAGCAACUUGCAACCACCAAAGAAAAACUGAAGAAAGCAGAUGCUGAAAAUGAGCGCUUGGUUCAGAAGCAGAAGCAACAUGAUGAUGAACUUAAGAAAAUCACAGAGGAGAAAAAUAAUUUGCAAAAUAAAUUGCAAGAUGAAAUCAAGGACUUAAUAAAGACAGUUGAAACGCAAAAUAUAGACCUUGCUAAGAAGAACCAGAAACUCCAGGAGAAGGAGAAAGAAGUUACUAAACUACAGAAGGAAAAUGAUGAUAUAAAGACAGAGCUCAAAGAAGAGAAAAAGAAAUACAAGGAUGUGGUCAAUGAGAAAGAAAAACUUGAAGAAGAACUUGAUGAGACAAAAAAGAAAUUGGAAGAAGCUGAGGAAAAAAAAGAACGCCCUCAGAAAGAAUGGCCGAGUUUUGACGCAAACACUGCCCACCGCAGACUCAUUCUGUCGCAGGAUAAGAAAGAAGCACGAACCUCCUUACUGCCUCAAUCUGUAAGCGAAACCCCUGCGCGCUACGACACGGCUAUUGCAGCUCUCGCUACAUUUGGCUACAACACCGGAAAGCAUUACUGGGAAAUAGGGGUAGCUGGACGAAGUUGUUAUGUUGUUGGAGUGGCCAGAGAGUCCGUUCAGAGGAAAGGCAUCCUGAGAUACAGCCCUUCAGCCGGCUAUUGGGUUAUUCUGAAGAAAAGAGAUGGUACGCUCGUAGCUAUUGAUGACAGGGAGGUUCGGCUUAACAUUCCCAAAACACCUUCUGUUAUUGGAGUCCAGGUGGACUUUAAAAAUAACGAGAUAGCUUUAUAUAAUGCAGAAUAUAAGUCUAUCAUCUAUAAGUUCACUGGCAAUGACCUGAAAGGAAAAGUCUAUCCGUAUAUUGAAACCUGCAGCGAUUCAAGUAUUAAUGAGCCUCCAUUGAUCUUAAGGGAACCUCAGUCCACCGAAUGGCUCUUGGAAUGAUCUCCAUAUACUUGGAGUCUGGUUAUAAUAGAAAUAAAAUGCUCUCGCUUUGAAAUUGCAGUUUGUUACUGCUCUAAACUGCAUGCUUGCAUUUUAAUUUUAAAUAAACUUUCAUUUAAAUAAAAUGGUUACAUUUGGAAAAACAAUUCAUGUUCCUCACUGUGGGUAUUAAGCUGACCUCAUAUUAAUCCAAACAUGUAUGAGAUUUAUUUGUGUGGAACAUAAAAACAAAUGUUUUGCAAAA